AUCGCCAAGAUGGAACCCGCUGCCGAAAUCCUGGUGGAUAGCCCGGACGUGGUCUACAGCGCCGAGGCCAUCGAGGCUCGCUAUGAGUACCGGACGACGCGCGUCAGCCGCGAGGGCGGCGUGUUGCGGGUUCAGCCCACGGCUACCCGCUUCACCUUCUGCACCGCCAGGCAGGUGCCCCGGCUCGGGGUCAUGCUUGUCGGCUGGGGCGGGAACAACGGCUCCACGCUCACCGCGGCUGUGCUGGCCAACCGGCUGCGCCUGACCUGGCCCACGCGCACUGGUCGCAAGGAGGCAAACUAUUAUGGCUCGUUGACCCAAGCGGGCACCGUGAACCUGGGUCUGGAUGCGAACGGCCGGGAAGUGUUCGUCCCUUUCAGCGCGCUGCUACCCAUGGUGGCCCCCAACGACCUGGUGUUUGACGGUUGGGAUAUCUCGUCAUUGAAUCUGGCGGAGGCGAUGAGGCGCGCACAGGUCCUUGACUGCGGCUUGCAAGAGCAGCUGUGGCCCCACAUGGAGAGCCUGCGUCCGCGGCCCUCCGUCUACAUUCCUGAGUUCAUCGCUGCCAACCAGACAGCACGUGCAGACAACCUCAUCCCUGGCACACGCGCGCAACAGUUGGAGCAGAUCCGAAAGGACAUUCGAGACUUCCGAUCCAGCGCAGGAUUGGACAAGGUCAUUGUGCUGUGGACUGCCAAUACAGAGCGCUUCUGCGAUGUGGUCCCAGGUCGCAAUGACACGGCCGAAAACUUGCUUCGUACUAUACAGCUUGGCCUGGAGGUGUCACCAUCCACACUUUUUGCUGUGGCCAGCAUCCUGGAGGGCUGUGCCUUCCUCAAUGGUUCCCCACAGAACACACUGGUGCCCGGUGCCCUGGAGCUGGCUUCCCAGCGCCAUGUGUUUGUGGGCGGGGACGAUUUCAAGUCUGGUCAGACAAAGGUCAAGUCUGUUCUGGUGGACUUCCUCAUCGGCUCUGGCCUCAAGACCAUGUCCAUCGUGAGCUAUAACCACUUGGGCAACAACGAUGGACAAAACCUGUCUGCACCACUGCAGUUCCGCUCCAAGGAGGUGACAAAGAGCAGCGUAGUGGAUGACAUGGUUCAGAGCAACCGUAUACUCUACGCACCUGGAGAGGAGCCAGAUCACUGCGUGGUGAUCAAAUAUGUCCCCUAUGUGGGCGACAGCAAACGUGCCCUGGAUGAGUACACCUCAGAGCUGAUGUUGGGUGGGACCAAUACCCUGGUGCUUCAUAACACCUGUGAGGACUCCCUCUUGGCAGCACCCAUUAUGCUCGACCUAGUGCUGCUCACUGAGCUCUGUCAGCGCGUGAGCUUCUGCACAGACAUGGACCCUGAGCCUCAGGGCUUCCACCCAGUGCUGUCUCUGCUCAGCUUCCUCUUUAAGGCACCGCUGGUGCCUCCCGGGAGCCCCGUGGUGAACGCACUCUUCCGUCAGCGCAGCUGUAUAGAGAACAUUCUCAGGGCCUGUGUGGGGCUCCCGCCCCAGAACCACAUGCUCUUAGAGCACAAGAUGGAGCGCCCAGGCCCAGGCAUCAAGCUAGGAGAAAUGGCAACCACCAGCCUGCUGCAGCAUAAGAAAGAGUCCACACCUGCUGCCACCAAUGGCUGUACCGGUGAUGCCAACGGGCACACUCAGGCCCCGACAUCAGAGGUGUCCACUGCUUAAAACAAGUGAUCCUUU